AUGGAACAGUUCAAUCCCAUGUCCAAUCCAACAGAUGUUCCCCGAUCUCGCAAUACCAACCCCCCUCCCGCGGAACCAGCUUCUUGGCAAAUACCGCCAAGCGCGUUGCAGCCAAAGAAACGAACGGAAAAACUCGACAAGUCUGAAUCCCGUAUCGCAGUUAAUCCUUAUGAUACAGAGGCUUGGUUGAUGUUGCUUUCAGAGGUGAUGGCGAGGGGGGAUGUGGAGCGGGUGAGGGAGACGUUUGAGAGAUUUUUGAAGUUGUUCCCUAGUUCGGCUCGUCACUGGAUCCAAUUCGUCGAAUUCGAAUUAAAAAACAACUGUCUUGACCGAGCAGAAGACAUAUUUCGGCGUUGUCUUCGUCCCACCCCAUCUGUUGAGCUAUGGAAAUAUUACCUAAACUAUGUUCGUCGGAAAACUACUGGCGACAAAUCAUCCUCACUAACACCUGAAGCUCGUGAAGUUUUGACAAAAACUUACGAAUUUGUCUUGAACCACGUUGGGCUGGAUAAAGAUUCCGGAAAUAUAUGGAGCGAUUACUUGUUCUUUCUGAAAACUGGAGAAGCAAAUAGCACUUGGGAAGAAUCCCAGAAGAUGGAUCUUAUGAGACGGACCUAUCAGAAAGCUAUUUGUAUACCAAUAAAUAAUGUUGAGCAUAUUUGGAAAGAUUAUGAUCAGUUUGAAAAUGGCCUUAAUAAAAUUACGGCCAAAAAAUUUCUUCACGAACGCUCGGCAUCUUAUAUGACGGCCCGUACAGCGCUUCGCGAACUUCGCGAAAUAACUGAUUCUAUUAACAAAUCAAUCCUUCCCGUUCCACCCAAAUGGACCAAAGUCGAACUUCAACAACUUGAUCAUUGGAAGCGUUGGAUUGCCUGGGAGAAAUCGAAUCCUUUGGCAUUAGAAGAUAAAUCCGCCCUGGCACAGAGAAUUACUUUUGUAUAUAGACAGGCUAUGUUGUAUAUGAGAUACUAUCCAGAAAUAUGGUACGAUGCGGCUAGUUAUUGGGUUGAAAUAGGGAAGGAAGAUGAGGCGGUUACUAUGUUGAAGAAUGGGAUGGAAAUCAUGCCAACAAGUUUCCUGUUGCAUUUUUACUACACUGAACUUCAAGAACAACGCCAAAAAAGUGCUGAAGCUCGCUCUGCAUUUGAAUCCCUUAUUUCGCAUCUAAAUUCGGAAAUAGAGAGAAUAGAAGAAUCUGCUGAAGAAGCUAUUGCUAAUGUGAACAAAGCCGGUGAAGCAGCAAAGGAAGAAUUCUCAGGAAUGGAGUUGGAUGGGCAUAAAAGGCGCUCGGCAAGUAUUCUCGAAAGCACGAAAGACCCGUUAUUGUCCGUACCAAGUAUUUGUCGCAUCCGCAAAGAUCAAAGCGUGGCAGUUAAGGUAUUUGAACUCGGCUUAAGGUCUUUCGGAGAUAAUCCUGAAUACGUCGCACAGUAUUUGGACUUUUUGGUUCAACUCAAUGAUGACAACAAUACCCACGCGCUGUUUGAACGCUCAUUACUCGCCCUACCCAUUGAAAAAUCAAAGAUAAUAUGGGAUAAAUUCGGAGAUUAUGUAACUAACUAUAGUGAUUUAGCUUCGAUGAGAAGGCUUGACCAACGAAGAGCUGAGAAGUAUCCAGAUGAAACUGAUAUCGAGCGAUUUGCAUCGCGGUAUAGUUACUUAGACGUAAAUAUAAUAAUGAAACAAGAAGUUGGAGGAAAACCUUCAUCUUCUCUAAAUGUCAAAAAACGUUUCCAACCGCCGCUUCUUUCUUCUCCGCCGACUACACCUCCUUCAACACAUAUGGAAGAUGAAGGCACCUCUCGACGUGCGUUGCUCGAUUCCGUUAACCCGGAGAAAUAUCCACGGCCUGAUUUUCGACAGUGGGUGGCCUACAAGCCGACAGCAGAACAACUGAGAAGGCCAUACUUUCCACAACCACAGACUAGUAAUGUCCCGCCUGGUGUUGCUGGACAGAGUCUAGGGCCGCAACCUCCGGGUGGUGGUGUGGGCGCCGGUGGAGUCUCGGUAUCGAACAUGUCGAUUUCUGGUUUGCCGGCCAGCGGAGCACCGCCCUCAAACGUUAUGUCUCAGGGAAUGGGCUUGCCACCCAAUGUGCAAGGCAUUCCAGGAACAACGGGAGCAGCGCCAGCACAGCAAAUACAGCAGUUGACGCCAGUCGUGCUAAAGCGGGCAACGAAUGGAAUGUUGUUACCAGAAGCUAUAGUCAAUUUUUUAAACAUUUUGCCACCAGCUAGUGUGUUUAAUGGUCCAACACUAAAUCCGAUAGAUCUAAUAGACGUAAUUCACAACUCAUCAAUCCCACUCCCUCCCUCGACUGCUCUUCCCGGACAACCCGCACUUCCACUUCCUACAUCCCAACUUGUUACUCCAUCCCACAAUAUUGCAUCGCAUGCUCUUGCACCGCCAUCACAUAUGUCAUCAUCACACGGAAUGCAAACAACACAUCGAGUUAGCCCGCCAGUGAGAGAAGGAAGAUAUGAAGGGAAUGUAACUGGAGUGGGCGGGAGAUAUGGUGAAGGACGAGUAUAUGAACGAGGCGAAGGUGGAAGAGGCGCAGGUGGACAACGAGGAAAUCGGGGCGAAUUCUUUGGAAAGCAGAUGAGGAACAACCAACAGUCAUCGCGUGGUCGGGGUGGCGUUGACGGUGCACCACCAUCAUAUGGUCCAUCUGGAUCUAAACGACGUCGGCGUGAUUUUGACGCCGAAGAUGAAUUUUCGGGGGGGCGUGGUGGAGAAUGGGGAGCUGGUGGAGGACGAGGCGAUACGGAGUUCAAGAGACGACAGGGCAAUUAA